AUGGAGUCCGCUUUCUUUCAGCUUCAAACCAUCCAUUCCUCUGAUCUGGCGGAAGGACUCGUCUUCUUUGGACCCCUAGUGGGACUCCUGCUCGUGGCUCGCUUGAUGGCAACGUACCGGAACCUUCCCUGCCGUAAAGAUCCCAUUUUUGGAUGGCCCAUGAAAGACCCGUUUGGAGGACGUCUUCACAGGAUCAUCAUGGCUCUAGCAGACAGAACCGGGUUGAUUCCUAUUGCUAGCUCUUCCUUUGCCUAUUACGGAGAAUACCGAACCAACAUGUUUGCAGAGGGGCAUCUUGCCAGCCCCACAGCCCAAGUCCAACCAGGUCCACAGGUAGAAGCUUCUGCUGACCUCUCUGCAGACGGCCUAGAACAGCACUUGCAAAAGUAUGAUGUACAGUGUGGCAAUACGAGUCAGGACACUUGGCACAGAAGCCAAGCCAAUGUUGACAAUUUCACGAUUGGUAAUGAGGCCAGUCUAGAAGAGCGUCUACAACUUAUUGCCAAGGCCAAGUCGGCGGUUUGGAUCAUCACUUGGUGCUUUGAAGAUUCCAAUAGUGGCAAUCUCUUGGCAGAAGCUCUCAUCGCAAAAGCCCGAGCUGGCGUGGAUGUGAGGGUCAUUGUAGAUGCCUGCAACCUGUACUAUCUGUUUCACAAGGAAAAGCUGACUGGCAAAAACCAAGAGACCAAGGUUCUGCACAAGCUGGUUCAGGGUGGCAUCAAAGUCAGAAUGCUAGACACAUGGUUUGAAGAGAAGAAACCAUCUUAUGUCUGUGGGUCACAUCGCAAGAUGAUGUUAGUGGAUGACAGCUAUCUCUUAACUGGAGGGCGCAACAUUAGUGAUGAAUACUUGGCAUCCGAUACUUUCCAUUUCAAAGACAUGGAUGUUACUCUCCAAUCCAGCAGCUUUGGUACCAGCACCCGGUCCUUGUAUGAGAGCCUCUGGGGCAAGUCCAGACAUGUCAACCACCUCACCCAAGCCAUACACUCUACUGCAACCAAAGCCAAAUCCAAACAGCUGAGUGGGGAUGAUGGUGACGAAAUCGAACCGACAGAAAGCGAAUCAAUAGACUUGGACUCAUCCACAGAAACCUGUUCUGUCGUGGCUGUUUCCCUUGGUGGGCCCAGCCUCAACCUUGAUCAAUCAACAACCACCAGCAUUCAACAGAACUCACCUUUAGACUCGACAACCCCCAUCUAUGUUGAUCGUGAGGUGGCUCUGUUCCAGCUUGACCACAAAGCAGGAAACCCCAAAGGCGAGGACAUUAUCUUCUCCACGCUCCUCUAUUUGAUUGAGACUGCUAAGGAGAAGAUAGACUUGGUCCAUGUAUACUUUCAGCUACUCCCGGGUCUGGAAGAAGCCAUUGCAGGUGCUAAUGCUCGAGGAGUCAGGAUUCGCCUGAUUACCAACUCAGGGGAGACAACCGAUUUGCGCUUCUUCAACAAACUCUUUGGUCAGGCAGUGAGACGUAUGCUGGAACUGGGUGUUGAAGUCUACAUACCAACAUCCAAGAAUUCUGCAGACAAACUCAAUUACUGCAUCCACUACAAGAUGGCUAUGAUUGAUAGCAAGGUAGUAAUGAUGGGAUCCUGGAACUGCAUUGGGAUUUCCGUGUUUCAUGAUGAUGAAUUUUCAGUGGUUAUGUUUGACCAAGCAGACAAAGACCAACACAAUAGAAGUUUGGGAGACACUGCGUACCAGCCCUUUGAAGAUGCUUUGCAAGAUGGCUUUGUUACUCGUAUUGAAUCUUUGUCAGAGGACGACUUUGGUGUUGCCUUGCACUAUCAAGUAUUGGCAUCAAAGGCUGCUAAACGACAAAUGGAGAGGGGAUUCUAA